AUGCAGUUUCUUUUGGUAUUCUUGAUUUUCAUUCCAUGCAUGAUCAUCAACACAACAAGAACAUUAGCAAAGAAGGAAGAUAGAAAAACCUAUUUGGUUAUCAUGAAAGACAACCCCCCUGUUGCAUUUCAUCCAGGAUUAGAAUUAGAUUCUCUUAAACAAGGAUUUAAAAAGCUUAAUCCCAACAGCGAAGCUUGCAGGGCUCAUGCAGAGUAUUUGGUGAAUACCCAUGAUCAUAUUCUCCAUUCAACACUAGAUUCUGGUUCAUACACCAAGCUUUAUAGCUUCAAACAUCUUAUCAAUGGUUUUUCUGUCCAUACAACACCUGAUCAGGUAAAGAAGAUGAAAGGGGUUGGAAAGGUGAAGCUGGUGGAGAAAGACAGAGGAGCUAAAUUGAUGACAACUUACACACCUGAGUUUUUAGGGUUACAUAAAGGAAUUUGGACUCAGGAAGGAGGAGAAAGGAAUGAUGGAGAAGGUGUGGUUAUUGGAGUUAUAGAUACUGGCAUUAAUUAUAGACAUCCAAGCUUUUCUUAUGAUCCUUUAAACCCUUUUCCUUCAAAUCUAUCUCAUUUCAAUGGUGGGUGUGAACAAGGAGCUCGUUUUCCAGCUAAUGCAUGUAAUGGGAAGAUUGUUUCAGCAAGAUUCUUUUCUGCUGGUGCGAAAGUUAAUGCUGUUCUUGAUCCUUCUAUGGAUUUUCUUUCACCUUUUGAUGCAGUUGGACAUGGAAGCCAUGUUGCAUCAAUUGCUGCCGGAAAUUAUCGAGUCCCGGUUGUUGUUGAUGGUACCUAUUACGGUCAAGCUAGUGGAAUGGCGCCGCGAGCUAGAAUUGCAGUUUACAAGGCUAUAUUUCCGACAAUUGGGACUAUGACCGAUGUAGUUGCUGCCAUUGAUCAAGCAGCAAUGGAUGGUGUUGAUAUCUUAACACUUUCGGUUGGACCAGACGAGACACAUGAGGGAGAUACACUUACCUACAUGAAUGUGUUCGAUUUAUUCAUGUUGUCUGCUAGAAGGGCAGGAGUGUUUGUGGUUCAGGCUGCCGGUAAUAAUGGUCCGAUUCCAUACAGUGUUCUUUCAUACAGCCCAUGGGCUGUUGGUGUGGGUGCUUGUCGAACAGACAGGACAUAUCCUGGGACACUGAUUCUAGGAAAUGGUCGAACAAUAGAAGGAAUUGGAUUAUCAGGAGCAAAUUUGGGAAAUGGGUUGUUGAAAUAUAAACUGAUCUUAGCUAAGGAUGCAAUUAACCCAAAUGGGUCAUUUCAAAAAACAGCUGAAUACAUUGAAGAAUGUCAAUUUCCAGAAGCAUUCGAUCCUGUUUUGGUUCAAGGAAGUGUGGUUAUUUGCACAUUUUCUCAAGGGUUUUACAACCAAACAUCUUCAAUGACGGCUAUUAUCAACACAGCAACUAAUCUAGGGUUUGAAGGGUUUGUUUUCUUAGCUAAUCCAUCUUUAGGUGACUUUGUUGCAGAGCCUCUUCCUUUUUCUGUUCCGGGUAUUAUGAUUCCAAAAACAGAUGAUGCUAAGAUUAUAAUGGAAUAUUAUGAAUGGGAAACAAUGAGAGAUGAGAAUAGAGGUAUACGGUUUGGUGGUAGAGCUGCCAUUGGAGAAGGAAGAGCUGCUUCUUUUGGGGGAAAUAGAGGGGCAACAGUUCUUAGGUCUUCUUCAAGAGGACCAGAUUUCAUCAAUUCUAAAAGAACUCCUGCAGAUGUAUUGAAACCUGAUAUUUUGGCACCAGGACAUCAAAUUUGGGGGGCUUGGAGUCCGGUUAGCCUUUUUGAACCUAUUUAUUCCGGGAACAAUUUUGCGCUUUUAACGGGAACUAGUAUGGCAGCACCACAUAUAGCGGGAAUAGCAGCAUUGAUAAAGCAAAAUCACCCGUCAUGGACUCCAUCCAUGAUCGCCUCAGCAAUGUCAACAACCGCAUCCACACACGACUCAACCGGUGAACAUAUAAUGGCAGAAGGAUCUAAAUUGUAUAGCUUUUACAAAUCAUCAUCUUUUGACAUUGGUGCGGGUUUAGUCAAUCCAAGCCUAGCUAUCGAUCCCGGUUUAGUUUUCACAUCGGGAUAUGAUGACUACGUCAACUUUUUAUGUUCUCAUCCAAACACGGAUCCAGAUAUGGUCAGAACCGCGACCGGUGGGACUUGUGGGUCGUUUGGAAAUCCAUCGGAUCUAAAUUUACCAUCGGUGACUAUGACGAGACUUGUGGAUUUUGCAAUAGUGAAACGGAGUGUGAAGAAUGUAGGAGGAAAGGUAGAGACUUAUAUGUGUGCGAUAUCGCAUCCAAAAGGAGUGAAGGUGAAAGUGAAACCUAGUGUGUUUAGAAUUGAACCAUUGAGAAGUCAAAGAUUGGAGAUUAGGCUCAAGGUAACAAAGAAGAUGGAGGGCUUUAGGUUUGGUGAAAUUGUUCUAAUUGGGAGCUUAAACCAUAUUGUAAGGAUACCUUUGUCACUUCUGUCACAAUAAGUGCAGUAACACUCAUUUGUU